CUUUCUGAUCAUUCCAAACUACUACUCUCCUCUUCCAAUCCUUGACUUGUUUUCUAGCAUUGUUCUCUUGCUCAAAACACAUACACCAAAAGUAAGAUGGCAUCUCAAACAAUUGAGAACUACCGUGAGGGUGCUGAGACCUAUCAAGGCAAUGCCCUUUGCAAGAAGAAGUCCAUCCAACUUCUCGAAGAACUUGGCCUCCCGAAGGGUCUGUUCCCCCUCGAGGACAUGGAGGAGUUUGGGUACAACCAUGCUGCUGGAUUCAUAUGGCUGAUCCAGAAGAAGAAGAAGGAGCACAUGUUCAAGAAGAUUAAGCAGACGGUGUCAUAUGCCACUGAGGUGACGGCCUUCGUAGAACAACGCAAGAUGAAGAAGAUCACUGGUGUGAAGACAAAAGAGCUAUUGCUAUGGCUCUCUGUUGUCGAGGUGUACAUCGAUGACCCCUCAUCUGAGAAGAUCACUUUCAAGACUGGCACAGGACUGUCUGAUAGCUUUCCUUUGUCUGCCUUUGAGCUCUAGUGGAAGGGAAGCCGGGAGAGGGUGAUUAGCCUGUCCUUUUUCGCGUAAGGGUGGAGAAUGGGAAUUAGUUGUCACUGCCUGUCUUGCUAAAAGUUGAUAAUUUAGGUCUUGUUUUAUGUUUUAUCUUUUA